AUGGAGACUGUCUCAGACUUUGCACUGACAAAGCGAGAACAGUGUCCACAGACGCUGACCCACAUGCCCUUCUCGGAGCUGCAGAGCAAAUUUCACGGGAUUGCUCUGCAGAAGACCAAGUGCAGAAGGAGCGACGUAGGACAGAUGAAUAACGGUACACUCGUCGUUCGUGAAGAGAAGGUUCCGUCACAAAAUGUAGGAAGUGUUGGUUUUGUUGUGCACCCAUCUGUCAUCCAUCUUAUUGAUACUCACGAGAUCUUGUCACUUCAUCUGACCAUUCUUCGCCUCCGGCCUCUGCGCGAAAAAAGCAUCAGCAUCAUCAACUACUAUCCUCCAAAAUCAAACCGAAUUGAACCGAACCGAAUGAAACCGAAUUUGUUGCGUUUUAUGAGGAGCUGA